GUCCCCUUGACUGUCUCCUUCACUUUGCGAAUGCAGCACCCAGCUGGACCUCAGCGAGAGACAGCCGCCAACCUCGCUGCUUGGAGAAAACAGCAACAUUGCAAUGAUCUCCCUGGACAUCAAUCUCAACGUUUUGACGAGGGACCUGUCACUUUAUUUGGAAAACCAAGUGAAAGUUGGUCUAUUCGGAUCUGGAGUCGGACUGUCGCUGGUGCUUGGCUUUAGCGCAGCGUAUACAUGUUACUACUUGGUGUCCGUGGCUAAGAAGCCUCAGCUGGUCGCUGGGGGUAAGAAGUUCUACAAGUUUCUGCGGGAACAAUGUCCGGUGGUUUCAGAGACCUACUACCCCACUUUCUGGUGCUGGGAGAGUCGAAUCCAGACGCUGCUGAGACCUUUCGUCACAGCCAAACCCGGGGUCACCUACAGAAAUGAACUCAUUAAGGCAGCAGACGGGGGCCAGAUCUCCCUGGAUUGGUUUGACAACGAUGAGAGCCCCACCCACCCCGACCCCGCCUCCAGGCCCACCGUCAUCCUCCUGCCCGGCCUCACCGGGACCAGCCGGGAGUCCUACAUCCUGCACAUGGUCCAACAGAGCCGAGAUCUAGGCUAUAGAUGUGUGGUAUUCAACAACAGAGGAGUCUCUGGUGAAAUGCUUUUGACCCCCAGGACAUACUGUGCUGCCAACACGGAGGACCUUGAGACGGUCAUGGAGCACAUCCAGCGGACCAACGAGGCGGCGCCCCUCAUGGCGGCAGGAGUCUCCAUGGGCGGCAUGAUGCUGGCCAACUACUUGGGACGCAAGGGCCGCGCCACCUGUCUGAAGGGGGUGGUGCUGUUCUCGGCCGGCUGGGAUGUGUUCGAGUGCACCGCCUCGCUGGAGAAACCUCUGGACCGCUUCAUCUUCAACUCCUACCUCACAAGCUGCCUGCAGGCCUCUGUGGACAGGCACAGACCAGUGCUUGAGAAAGCUUACGACAUAGAUCAUGUUAUGAAGGCAAAGACCAUCCGAGAAUUUGACGAGAGGUUCACCUCCAUCAUGUUCGGCUACCCCACUAACGAUGACUACUACCACGCAGCCAGCCCGGUGCACACGCUGAGGUCGGUGCAGGUGCCGAUGCUCUGCUUGAACGCUGCCGAUGACGUCUUCUCCCCCUCUCACGCCAUUCCAGUGGAGGCCGCGAAGCAGAACCCCAACGUGGCCCUCCUCAUCACAUGUCAUGGGGGCCACAUUGGCUUCCUGGAGGGCUUUUGGCCGCGACAGAGCACGUACAUGGACCGUGUGUUUAAGCAGUUUGCCCAGGCUGUCAUAGAGGAAGGAGCCCUUCUCACGGACCUAUCCUCAUGAUGACAAAACCAGUUCCUCUAAUAUUAUCUUCUUAAAUUCCUUUCUUUCCAUGGUUCCUUCCUUACUUCCGUCCUUCCGUCCGUCCUCUUUUCAUUCCUACUUUCCCCUCUUCUGCGCUUUCCCUUUCGUUAUAUUUUGUAAUUGAUUCUUUCAUUCCUUCUAUUUUUUCCCAUUAUUAUAUUUGGGUAAUUUCUUACCUUUUUUUUUUUUUUUGACCUUAGGCAAGGCACAUCAUGAAGAUAUUUAUUUUGUAAAUUACCCACGUCCUCCUAUUUAUUCCUCCAUGUAACAAACCAGUGUGUGUAACUAUGUAAUGAAUGGUAGCUAAUCAGACAUAUUCCAAAAGUCCCAUAUGGAGCAUAGCUUUUCUUGUCAUUAUUGAGAAGCAUUAAAUGUCUGCCUCUUUUUAAGUUGUGCAAGCUAGCUAGCUAAAGGAUUAUGUAUGACAUUGUGCAAUUCCUUUUAUUUUAAGGAUAACAGUACUGUACAACAUGAAAUCCAACCAGGGUCCCUUACAACUUGUAUCCGUAGAAUUUUAAACCCUCAGGGAUUAAUUUACCCAUAAUUCCUUUUUUGUUGAAACCUAAAUUCUUCUUAUUUUCCGGUAAUAUGUAUUUAUUAAUUGAAAGGUUAAUGUUACUUACUUGUUAACGUUCUCUAGUUUAGAUUUGCUGCAUGCACUUUUAUUUGCACAUUCUACCUUUAAAUGAGCAAAUAGUUCUGACAAAAAUGAUCCAUUAAUGACAAAGAAUGUAAAGUUGCACUAUUUUUAGUUGUUAACACCAUGCCUCUAAUCCCUCCAUCUAAAUCAUGUCAUUUAAGAAUUGAAAUUCCACAGAGGAGGAAACGCCCCUGUUUUCUGGUUCUACAGAUAAGGAUCUAAUAUCUUUACGAGAUUACAUGUAUGACUUUUUGGAACAUUAAUUUCUUUAAUGGCCAAUAUAUGAACAGGUUGUAAUUCAACCUAACAGAUGAGGCCAUCCCUGAUUCCUUCUGUGUCGUAGAACAGCCUAGUGGCUGAUUUGCAUUAUAUUUGAACUUGUUCGGUUACAAAUGGGAUGGAAGUGACGUCAAAGCGCAGAUAACGGCAUAACUACACUACUUUAUGAUGGUUAAUGUCUCAGCCAAUGGAGCUUGCGCUCAAGUGCUCUGAAUGUGUUAACUGGAGCCAGCUGUAGUUCACUUACUGGCCAAAGGGACCAGUAAUGAGAAGGAAUUUCGAAUUCUUACAGUAGUCCUUUUAACUGCUGUCAGAAAGGGUGACAUACAGUGAUGUGAAUGAGGUAACGUGCAUCAGAAUAAAAGGGGGCUUUAAGAUUAUUAAAGGGCUGAUGCUGCUUAACAAGAUGCAUUGUAUCAAUUAUGUCAACCGGUUGCCAGAUUACUUUGUCUUUUCAGCCAACAAUGAUAUAGGAGCUGGCUACCGUAUAGGAGUUGGCAUCGAAGAAAGCAGAAACAGAUCUGGCAGCUUGGCUUUUCAGAAAUGCACUUGCAUGAGGGACCACUUCCUGUUUCAGAGGAAUUCAUUGUGUGCGUGCAUCCUUUGGUAGUUUGUUCUGCCAAGAGCCCAUCAAGUAGCAUGUUUCUCACCUACGUCAUUAGCCCUAGAUCACUGGUGCUAACAGCACCACCUCGUUACCCGUAGCAGAAAGGACAGCCUUUUUCACAGUGUAUGAGCAUUCAUUUUGUAUGUUACACAAAAAAAGAGAAAAUUAUAUUAUAUGUACAAUUUGCAGCAAUAACAUUUGAAAUUUGAAAGAUCAAGCGUGAAUUCUGCUGUAUUAAAUAAAUCGUUGAAUAGCGUCUAAAUACA